UAUAUUUCUGUAUUUCAUUGCAUGUUUUUAAUUACAUGUCAUAAUUAACUCAUUAUAUUACAGACUAUACUGACAGACUAUAUUAUUUCAGGAACAAUGCAUUGUCCCCAAUGAACCAACUCCUGCUUACGCUUAGAUUCUAUGCAACUGGAAGUAUGCAAAUAACAGCUGGAGAUUUCAGUGGAGUUCAUCAAACUACAGCAGGAAAAACAAUUAAAAGAGUAACAAAAGUUAUUGCAGCCAACAGAUUUAACCAUCUUAAACUUCAUCUUUCUCCAAUUAAACAACAACAAAAUCAAACUGGCUUUUAUUCUAUUGCUAGAUUUCUUUGUGUAUAUGGUGCUCUAGACUAUACACAUAUUCGUUUACAAUCCCCAGGAGGGCAAAAUUAUAGAAAUAGGAAGGGAUACUUUUCAUCAAAUGUCCAAGCAGUAUGUACAUCCAACUUAAAUUUUUUGGAUGUUGCAUCAAAAUUCGCUUCCAUCGCUGUGCCUGUAAAAACCUUUGUACUUUCUAUAAAUAUCAAUAAACACCCAGUAAUAGUGAUAAAGUCUUUAUAUUUCACAAGAACCACAAAACCUACAGUCCACUCAGUUAGUUCAACAACAAACAAUGAGUCUCAUAUUCGCACUAGAAGUUGUAUAGAAAGGCGCUUUGGGAUAUGGAAAAGACGCUUUCCUGUGUUAUCAAUUGGUAUGAGAGUAAAUCUAGAGUUAGUACAAGACAUUAUUGUUGCCUGUACAUUUUGCAUAAUAUAUGCAUAAAUAACGGAGAUGGAAUUCCAAG